AUGCUGGCCUCAGGGCUGCUUCCUGCGGCAUUGCUGGCCUGUCUGACUAUACUGGUCUUGAUGUCUGUCUGGCGGUAGAGGAAGCUCGAGGGGACACUGCCUCCUGGACCCACCCCUUUGCCCUUCGUCGGGAACUACCUGCACCUGAACACCAAGCAGGUGCACAGCUCCUUCAUGAAGGUCAGCGAGCGCUAUGGCCCUGUGUCCACAGUCCACCUGGGGCCCGGGCGGGUCGUGGUGCUGUGUGGAUGUGACACUGUGACGGAGGCUCUGGUGGACCAGGCUGAGGAAUUCAGUGGACGAGGCAAGCAGGCUAACUUCAACUGGCUCUUCAAAGGCUCAGGCUUGGCGUUCGGCAGCUGGGAGCGCGCCCAGCAGCUCCGGCGCUUCUCCAUCACCGCACUGCGGGACUUGGGCGUGGGCAAGCGCGGCAUCGAGGAGCGCAUCCAGGGGGAGGCGGACUUCCUCAUCGAGGCCUGCCGGGGCACGCACGGCGAGCCCUUCGACCCCAAGUUUGUGCUGAGCCGCUCGGUGUCCAACAUUAUCUGCUCCGUGAUCUUCGGCACCCGUUUCGACUACGACGAUAAGCGUCUGCUCACCCUUAUCCACCCCAUCAAUGACAAGUUCCAAAUCAUGAGCAGCCCCUGGGGAGAGCGGUACAAUAUCUUUCCGAGCCUCCUGGACUGGGUGCCCGGGCUGCACCAACACCUUUUCCAGAACUUCGGACGCAUGAAGGACCUCAUCGCCCGCAGUGUCUGUGACCACCAGGCCUCCCUCGACCCAAACUCUCCCCGGGACGUCAUUGAUUUCCUUACCAAGAUGGCACAGGAGAAGCAGGACCCGCUGAGCCACUUCCACAUGGAUACUCUGCUGAUGACCACACACAAUCUGCUCUUUGGAGGCUCCGAGACCGUGGGUACCACGCUGCGCCACGCUUUCCUCGCGCUCAUGAAGUAUCCAAAAGUGCAAGCCCGCGUACAGGAGGAGAUCGACCGCGUGUUGGGACGCGCGUGGCUGCCUGCGCUGGAGGACCGAGCGGCCAUGCCUUACACAGAUGCGGUGAUCCACUAGGUGCAGCGCUUCGCAGACGAUCCCAUGAGCUUUCCACACCACGUCACUCGGGACACGACUUUUCAAGGCUUCCUGCUACCCAAGGGCACGGAUAUCAUCACCCUCCUUAAUACAGUCCACUACGACCCCAGCCAAUUUCUGACGCCCUGGGAAUUCAACCCUGAGCAUUUUCUGGUUGCCAAUCAGUCCUUCAAGAAGAGCCCUGCCUUCAUGCCUUUCUCAGCCGGUGAGAGCCGGCUGUGCCUGGGCGAGUCGCUGCGGCGCGGGGAGCUCUUCCUCUUCCUCACCGCCACCCUGCACUUCUUGCUGGAGCCGCUGGGGGCGCCCGAGGACGCCGACCUGACCCCGCUCAGCUCCGGCCUCUGCAAUUUGCCGCGGCCUUUCCAGCUGUGCCUGCGCUCGCGCUGA